AUGAAGUGCGGCGUUCCGCAGGGUUUGGUCUUAGGACCACUAGGACUGCAGCUGGCGCUACGAGUUAUUCGAGGCUAUAGGAUCGUUUCGUACGAAGCAUCUCUGUUGCUGGCGAGGCUAGUCCCAUUUGACUUACUGGCCGACCGGCUCAGGCGGUCGUAUCUGAGGCGGCGGGCUCUCAUCGAGUGGGAUGGUUUCGUCGCUCCCAGAGCGAUGAGCCAUAUCCGGGACGAUGAAUGGCGUAGGUCCAUCGCUAGAUGGAGAAAACGGCUCGAAGAGCUUCCACGGGACGCGCCUGGGGCUGCGGUCCGAGGGGCUCUCGUGAAAAGGAUAAGCGCUUGGAUGACGAGGGCUCAUGGUGGCUUGACGUACAGAAUGACCCAGAUCAUUGUGGGUCACGGUUGUUUCGAAGCUUACUUACACGGAAUCAGGAAGAGUGAGUCUCCGAUUUGCCGACACUGCCGGGCGGCGAUGGAUAACGGCGUUCACACCCUCCUCCACUGUCCCUCUUGGGAUGCGGAGAGGGGGAACUUGUUCGUGGCUCUCGGUCUGGAUCUAGAUCUAGACCGAGACUACGCUCGGAUGAUCGAGGCCAUCAUGGACUCCUCUGUAACGUGGACGGUUUUCGCGCGGUUUUGUGAAGUCGUCAUGAGAGCGAAGGAGGAGGCAAAGAGGGACCGUGAGAGGGAUCGGAGGGCCCGGGUGGUACAUCCGCCUAUACCUCCAUCUCUCUCGUGGGACUCUGACUUCUCGUAG